CAAACCCUUACACUGCAUAAUUUCCAAGUUUUUGUACAUACAAUAACAAGCCACACACGAACAAAGUUCACAACUUCUAUACUAACCAAUUUUGAUCCACACGUCCUAUCACCCAAAACCAUCAUAUUUGUCUCAAAACCUCAUGAACUUAAUAUACUAACAGUUUCUAAGUUGCUGCACCCUAUAUCUUAUCCCACUAACAAUUAAGCACGAAGAAUCUCCUCUCAAGGAAAAUUCAUAUUUUCCAAUCACACUCCCUCCUUCACAUUACUUUCUUUUAUAAAUCCAUCUCCAACGUGUUCCACUUUCCGAUUGUACAACUACAUGCGAAAUACAAACAAUCAAAUCAUGUUUCUCUUGUAAAGGAAAUUUUUGUAUUUAAAGUCAUGUUUCCACUGUAAAAAAUGGAAAGGUUGAAACAGGGAAACAAACAUGAUUCUGCUUAUUUCCUGUUCUGUUUCUCUUGUAUUUGUAACAGCACUCAAGGACGCAUAUAGAACGAAAGAACUGGACCUUCUUGGCCGGAAUCGUCCAGCUUCCAAGCGCAACGACAACACCGAUGAAGCUCGACGUCCACCCCCUUGCAAUAUCAUUUACGAUCACCGCCGCCGCUACCUUGUCUUCAAACCGCACCGCUCCGACCUGCAAUCACCAAGAAGCCACGCCGACCAAAUCCCUCAAUCGCCAUCGUCAGAUCUUCGCUUAACCAUCAAAGAGCACAACACAACAACAGCCUUCAGCGUCGUAACAGCCUCCACGCGAUUCGUCCACCGCUCUGAGCCGCACCGCCGUCGUACACGGCCAAUCACCGCCGCGCAACAACCGGCCACCAUGUCUUGCAUAAAUCGCCGGCUAUAGAUCCACCACGAAGCAGCCAGUCCGGAUCCACGACAAGAUUAGAUUGCAUGAAUAGAAACAGAGGAGGUUUAUGGGGAGACUGGACCGAGGAUUCUAAGGAAAAACCGCGAGGAAGACGAAGACGGGCGUGGGCCUUUCUUGUAGUUUUAUUAUUUGACUCUGUUUAUGUUAAAUUAUACUGGCGUUACAAGAAUAUAACGAUGUCAUUGCAGCAUGAAUGGUGAAGGCCUCAUACCUAUCACGCUCAAGACAGGGGCUCGAUCCCCAGAAAUGACAAUCUUUUUUCCAAAAAAUUCCAAUAUGGAUCCGGCGUUGCUCAUCAACAUACGUACGCGGUGCACCUUCAGGCAUCAACCACAUGAUCUAUCAAGCAGCAGAUCCAACGCGCCAGAGAUUGAUGACACACCAUGGAGCUUCAAAGGUCGCACACACAGGAUAACUGUCCAGUGGCAGACGAUCUCAAACUUCAUUUCUUUGAAAUUGAUUUAGUCAUUCUUGCUUUGCAACUAUCCAUCUUUUAGAGCUUCAUCCACAGAGGUUGAUGAACUAAUCCAUGUAAGUUUUGAUGAAAAAGAGUUUCAUAAUGAUAUACUAUCCAUCUUUUAGAGCAUCAUCCACAGAGGUUGAUGAAUUAAUCCAUGUAAGUUUUGAUGAAAAAGAGUUUCACAAUGAUAUAGUCCUUAACUUGUUAUUGUCGUUUUCAUUUUUAUAUGGAUUGAUUCUUCAACCCAUUAUAUUUUUUUGUUAGACAUUUUGUAUUCUAUAGAUCUUGUUGAGUAUCUAAAGAGGAUAACCUUUUGUGCCUUGAUACCAAAUUUCUUUUAUAAACAGUGAUGUUUAAAAUAUAACAUGCAUAUUCAAACUGAUGAAGAUAAAAAGUGUUGGAUUUUUUUUCCUUUCUACAAUUCAUUUGGAGUCUUUUAAAAUAAGUCAUAUAUAAAUUCUAUUUUAAAAUAACAUGAUGUAUUUAUUUACUCUAUAAGUGUUUAACAAUUUUUAAUUAUGUGAUUAUGGUUCUUAUAAUCUCUUAAAGACAUUUAUUUUUCCUUUUCCAACUUCAUUCUUUUGUGAAGCUAGUUUUUGUUAAGAAAUGUGGUUUGACCUAACUCAAUCCUAUAAAGCCGGUUAAUAGGGUGAAGAUUUCCCUCAUUUAGAAGCACAUGUUCAGGUCAUAUAUUAUACGAUAUGAGACUUUUAACACACCUCCUCACGCCCAUAACUAAACAACUGGAGCAUGAUGUGAGACUCUUAAUACACCCCCUCACGUUUAAGACUAGACAAUUGAAAUGUGAAAAUAAAUGGUGGGUAACCCGAUAGCAGAAACUAUAAUAGGUGGCCCAUCAGAUUAUAAACCAAACUUUGAUAACAUUUGUUAGGAGGAAGGGAGAGUUACUAGAAACAUCGCUACAAAGUUGAGGAUAACAUGGAGAAUACUAUUUUGUUCAUAAAUAUUUUAAAAAUUUUCAUUUUUAAAUUGUCUACUAUUAUUAAUUCUAUUUUUUUAAAUAUUUAUUUCUUUUUCAUUUUGAACUAGAUAUUCAUUAACAGUAGCAUCUAGAACCGACAUCAUUAAGAGACCUAAUGCUCCUUCCAAUAAAACCUAGAGUCAGAUAUUAUGUAUUUUCAUUUAGAAGAAAACUUAGAUAUAAUUUUUUAUGUGUUAUUUAUAAUAUUUCUAAUGAAAAUAUGAUGAAUAUAUAAUUUUUUUUACAUAUGCAAUUUUUUUUUUCUAUUUGUUAAAGUAUAUUUAAGUACACUUAUUAUAUUUUCAUUAGAAAAUAAUAUAAAUCACACUUCAAAAAUUAUAUUUAAAUUUUCUCCUUUUAUGUUCAUCAAAUAUUAUUACUCAAAAUGUGUUCUUGAAAUAUAUAGAAGUUGUGCAACAUAAUUCAUAUUAUAGUAGUUUAUUAUAUAUCACAUUUAAAGAAAAAAACUAUUUGGAGAUGAUUAACAAGAACAACUCUAAAUAUAACCUUUUACAAAUGUCUCUUAUGACAUUUAAAUUAUUUUUUGAGGUUAAAAUUUCAAUCUCUUAACGACAUAUUAACGACAGUAACAUUAACGAAAAUCACAUUUUGCAAUGAAAGGAGGCAGACAAAAAUCAGAUGGGCAAUCCGAAUCCCUCUUGCAAUCUGGCGGCAUCCAUUUCCUUGUUGUGAUAAAAAAAGAAACAAAUAAAAGAAACAAGAAUGUCGAUUAGAAUUUUUUUUUACCAUUAACGUGAGUUUUAACAUGAAAUAAGAAAAUAAAGAGGAUUAUAAAAAAAAAUUUAAUAGUUUGUGCCAUAAUUUUCUACUAUAAACUUGUAACAUAUGGAAAUUUAUUGAUCAAUUUACGUAGUAAAAGUUUUAUGUUUUGUUUUAUUAUGUUGCAAUCUAUUUAUCAUGUUUGCCUCUCUGGCUCUCUCGAAAAGGGCAAACUUUUUUUAUUUUUUAAUUUUGUCUAGCCUUUUAUGAUAGAUAGGAGAGAAAUUGGAAAUUAUAUAUAUAUAUAUAUAUAUAUAUAUAUAUAUAUAUAUAUAUACUUGGUUAAUUGUUUUUUCUUAAGAAAAUAAUUUUCUAAAUACUAGCAAAUUGCAUGUGCUUUCUAUACACGGUGGAAGCGGCACCCUCGACAAAAGGGGUAGCUGUCAUACCCCCAUUUUUGACCCUAAGAUCAUACAUCAUUUGCAUAUCAAUCAUCAAUCAAGAGUUUCAUCUUAAAGCUAUGCUCUCGGUGUUAUGCUCACUUCAUCUGUAAGAGGGAUCAUCAAACACCAAUGUUUUUCUACUUGUAUAUGUUUUACUAACAAAAAUACCAAAAAUAUUGCCUCGUGCUUUUGUAUGUUUGUGUUUUGUAGGUACCAAGUCAAAGUAUCCUUCAAAAAGGACAUUUUUCAACAUUUUCACUGUGCAAAUCGAUUUGCAUAAGGUGUAAAUCGAUUUACACAACUGUUUCUGCACCAGAUUUGCUUCUGCCAUCAGUGCAAAUCGAUUUGCAUAAGGUGCAAAUCGAUUUACAUAACUGUUUUUUUUCUCGGAUUUAGCCUUUUUCAGCUAUGUAAAUAGAUUUGCAUAAAGUGUAAAUCGAUUGCACCAGCACGAAUUUGGAAAAAUGAAGGCAAAUUUCAGCUUUUUGAAGUGUUGACAUCAUUUGCAAGCAUGGGAAGCAUGACUUGGUUCUCACAUUUGAUUUCCUACAUCAUCUAAUCAUGUACCCUCAUGUGAUUGCAUCAAGACCAUUGGAUCUCAUUUUUGGCUCCAAAACCUUUCUCCAAGCCUAAUUCUAUUUUCCAAUCCUAACUCCAAGCCACAAAAAUUCCCAAGCCUAGCUCCUAUAAAUUGAGGCAUUCCCCUCUUCAUUUUUCAAGCUUUGAUAGCCAAGAAACUUAUUGCAAAUUCUCUCCUCACCUCUUCCAAACCCAUCACUCAAAGCUCUUUUUCUUCCACACAAAUUAGUGAGUCACAUCUUGAACCUCACUAAUUUAGAGCUAAACCUCAACAUAAACACUACUUUUCUUCAUCAAUUGUGAGAGAUCAAGGCUUGUGGUUGUGUGUUCUUGAAGAAGAUACAAAGUUUGUGAAAUAUUUGGUAAAAUUCUUGAUCCUUUACAUGAUCCAAGAUGUGAUCCAUUGUUGUUUAUGCUUGAUGCACCUUUGGUGCUACAUUGAUGAGAUUUGCUUGCUUAAUUGAUACAUUUUCGUGCACAAAUUGAUCCAAGAUCACAAGGUGUUUGGUUUUAUGUUUAAACAAGUUUUCUUCUCUUUAUUUGCUGUUUUUUUUGAAAACUGUGUUGUGCAAAUCGAUUUACAUUUUGUGCAAAUCGAUUUACACAACUGAAAACUGCGCAGAUUUUGAAAACAGAGUUGUGCAAAUCGAUUUACACUCUGUGCAAAUCGAUUUACACUGGGCAGAAUGCUGAUUUUUGUGGUUUUUGACUUGUUUUUGGUUCUAACUCAUCUUCUACUCCUUUCUUUUGAUAUUUGCUUUGAAUCACAAGUUAGAGGCCUAAUUUCUCUCUAAUUUCAAUGGACUUAGGGCGUCGAUAGGAUGAGAAUCCAAAUCCGCAAUAUUAAGUGAUUGAAAUUAUGGAUGAAAGGAGUCUUUAAUGUGGUUCCAUCUUUUACUUCUCUUUAUUUUGAUCGAUGAAAGUCUUAAUACCUUGAGGAUUCUUAUGGAUUCUUGGUGAAGACUAGAUCACUCACCAUUUUUUCUUUUCGUGCGGUAUUGCUUUCGGAAAACGAUUUACAUAUCGUUCUUCUCGCAUGCAUUAGCACAUAAAGUUUUGACCGGCCUCGUUGUAGGGUGAUUUCUAUAUAAAUCACUUGGCGAUCUGCUUAACAUAGCGCAAUAUUUCGUGUCCCGAAUAAAAAAGAUCAAAUAUGGAAGAGAAUUGUAUGCGGUUGAUUUAAGACUUGUGGAGGUUUUUAUCGUGUAGUCGCUAUGAUUUUAUCAAGCUUCUGAUAAACCCCAUUGAAUUUAAAUCCGAGUACAUCAUUCACUCACCAUCGAUCUCCUACUAACUUUGAUAACAUACUUGACAAUUUCAAGAUGGUUAUCUUUAACAUUUAACAACUAACUUUAAUUACCGCUCUUUAUAUUACCGCUCUUUAUAUUUCUCGCUUUAUCGCUUUACUUUAUCAUUUCAUCAUAUUUACUUUCUGUCAUUUUCUCUUUGUCCACUUGGACAUAUGUUUAUGCUUCCGUAUUUUUUUUCUUUUGUCCACUUUGACCAUACUUUAUUUUUUCGCUAAAACACUAAUAAAUAAUCAAAAUCUAAAAAAUACAUAAGGUUCUCUUUGGACUAUCAGUUACUAUCCCUAGCACUUUGGAGAUUCGGACUUAUGGACCUAGUACCUCUGGACUCAUUCUAUUACUAUCCUGUGAUUGUUCUGUCUGUCUGGCAUUGUUCUGUUGUAUGUUUAUGUGUGCAGGUAUUUCCUUGAAAGCCCUUGAUGGUUAAUUCCAAGGCAUUGAGAUAAGGAUUUUACGCGAAAACACCCGUUACUCUGCCCGAUUUUCGUCAGAAUCUUAAUGUGUUUAAUGCAAAAAUGGUGCUAAGACAAUAAGUUCAUGUGGAUCCCCAAGUGUUAAUGUGUUGGUAUUGAUAAAUCCAAAGGAUGGGAAAACUACCUUGGCUCUUAAUGUCAAGUGUUGGCUUCUUAUUUGGUUAGACCGUUUCUUUCCUUAGCUUUUAUUUUAUGCAUUAGGUUAGCCUCUUCAUCUCCUCCCAUUCUUAAAUUUUCAAAAUCUUCUCCCUUUUUCCAAAAUAUUCUUAUGUUUGCAAUCUUUUCAAAACCUUUUCUUUUAAAAUAUCUUUCGCCCUUAGUGGCUUUUCUUCAAAAGUUUAGACACCGUUAAUUGUCGAAACGAGUGGUUAUACCCCACGAUUUUGAAAUUGAUUGAUAAUAACGAGAUCUUUUCCGCGUGAGAGAGCUAGUGGCAUACUCGUUGAUUUUAUCCGAGUUGGCGCCCUUCUUUCAUUUGCGAUGCAAAGAACUUGUUUGUUCUCAUGCUCAAGAUCAAUGGCUGAGUAUUUCUCUCUAACGACAACAAAGUGUUUAUUCGUUUUAAAACGUUUUUCCCAAAAGCGGAACUACAUUAGCUCUGACUUCUCCAUUGCACCGAGGAGGUAUGUAGGCCCAAAGCUUAACGCUUUGCCGAGCUUAUUUCAAAAAUAAAACAAACCGUUUUAGCACACACACACAGAUUUUCAAAAAGGUUCCCGUGGAGUACCACGGAUAUGAGGGGUGCUUUAAACCUUCCCCUCAUAUAAUCAACACCCGUACCUGAGAUCUCUUUCUUGUUUUUUAAAAACAAAACUUUGGGUUUUACGUUCUUUUCCCUUUUCCUUUGAAAAAAUAAAGCGCGGUGGCGAUUUCAAAACGGAAUAUUGAUUCGAGUCAAUCCCAUGGCUUCGAUGUCAGAUUUUCCCCGCUACAGAAAAAUGGCGACUUCACUGGGGAUCCAGUUUUUAAGUGUGUUAAGCCUAUUUUUGUUUAUCUGUGUGUUUUGUAUCUGUAUAUAUUAUUGUGUGCUUUGUUUUUUAUUUUCUUUUAUUUUCUUUUUGGUGCUCGAUGGUUCCUCUGUGAUGAGAUAAAGUUCUAACCCGAACUUUUGUGAGUAACUUGAGAUAGGAGGUGGUAAGACCAAUAGUCGCAUGUCAGGAGCAAUCCUUACCAUGAGCGUCAUAUGGUGGAACCCCAAUCAGUGGAGGCCUCAUGGAAGGUAGUAGAUGUUGUUACGAACUAUCGUAAGAACGCUAUUACUUUCAAUAGUGAGUGUCCGUAGAAGCUGAAUGACCUAGAACCCUUUUAACCCAUCUAAGCCUUUUUAGGAUGUAGUGCAGAAACAAGAUCAAGUACCAAUUUGAGCUUGUUGUCAUGCGAUACUACGCUCAGACGAGGUCUUUUUAGGCAUAUUAUUGGCGCCCAUGAGCAAUUGUGCGAGCCGGUAAUAUCCGAUAGAAGAUUGAAAACUCUGGGAACCUUUGUAGAACCCGUUCGGCAGGUACAAAAUUCCCUAGUACAUACCUUUGUGGGUGGUUCUUAACCUUGACUCCAUGCCCGUGACGUCGAACCUUUGAACCCUGUUUGUGCGACCAUGUGUGAUCUUGAUUGUGAUUGAUGCAUAAGCCAUGCAUCCAUGCAUUCAUUUGAUUUCCAAGGAACUCAUAGGUCUUUCUUUGUAAACAUCAUAAGUUUCAUCAAACUCAAUGGAUCUUGGGUGUUGAUGGGGUGAAAACUCUAAUCCACCAAAAUGGAUGAUUGAUCUUGAUGAUAACUUGAUCAAAGCUUUGAUCCAAUAUAGGAUUUACUUCCUUCAUGUUUUGAUGUUUACAAAUUAAUAACUUGAAUUCCUUGAGAAUCAAAUAAAUAAAUAAAAAAAAAAACAAAAAACAGCAAUUGCAUCAUUUGCAUACAUACAUCCAGGUUGUCCAGAAAACUUAUCCUUGUCUGUCUCCAUCUUCAGAGUUUGUCUACCGUCAAGCUGAUUCCUCCACACAAGUACGGAACUAGAGCCAACGUCAGAUUGAGAAUGGAAUACCAAGAGCAACACAAUGCAGAGGUCAGAAUGGAAAUUGAUGAGUUGAAGUCAGGCAUGACCAAGCUAACUGAAAUGCUGCAAGUUUUGAUUGCUAGAGGAGAACCGCCUCAGAAAACUGUCAUUGUUGAAGUCUCAAGUGCUGAUAUUGACCCUCAACCUACUCAACAACCACCUUCUACAUGGCCAGAGUUUGGUUUGCCACAUGGUUACACUCCUCCAUAUGAGAAGACUCCUGGUAUUGGUCAAUCUUCACAACUUGUGAUUGGUCAAGCUUCAAACCAAGUUUUUCAUGCUCCUGUCUUCACUGAAUCUCAGCCUAUUGUGCACACUGUUGCUCAGCCUACUUAUGUGAAUCCUCUGUUUGAAUAUCAAGCUGCCCGUUCCCAGAAUGGAAGUCAAGGAGAUGCUGGAGACAUUGAAGAUGUCAAAGAGCAGUAUCAUACCUUAGAAAAACGCCUGAGAGCCAUGGAAGGAAAUGAUUACUUUGGGGUUGCUGCUGAGAAUAUGUGUUUGGUUUCCAACUUUGUCAUGCCUGCAAAAUUCAAGACUCCUGAGUUUGAGAAGUAUAAGGGGAACACUUGCCCAAGAAGCCAUUUGACCAUGUACUAUCGCAAAAUGGCUGCUUAUACCCAAAAUGAUAAAUUGCUUAUCCAUUGCUUUCAGGAUAGUUUGAGUGGAGCUUCACUGAAAUGGUAUAUGGGACUUGAGAGUAAUCACAUUCAUUGUUUCCAAGAUCUGACUAAUGCUUUCAUGAAGCAGUAUAAGUACAAUCUGGACAUGGCGCCUGAUCGCCGUCAACUUCAGAACGUGGCUCAGAAGGAAAAGGAAUCUUUCAAAGAAUAUGCUCAACGUUGGAGAGAAUUGGCUUCCCAAGUUGAACCACCAUUGGCUGAGAAAGAAUUGACUGGCAUGUUCAUGGAUACUCUCUCCCCUUUCUACUGGGAGAAAAUGAUUGGAAGUGUGUCCUCAAAUUUCACAGACUUGGUUACUAUUGGCCAGAGACUUGAAGAGGGAAUCAAGAAUGGGAAAGUUGCUAAUGUUGCUGAAUCCUCUGGUGGAUCGAAGAAACCUUAUGGAAACUUCCACAAGAAGAAAGAGAAUGAGACCAAUGCUGUGUCUGAUGAUAGAAGGGGAUCUCGUCGUAAACCUCAAAAUGGGGAUCAACCUUAUGUAGCCGCUGUCGCUCCUGUGCAAGUUCAAGUUCCUCAAUCUCAGGUUGCUAAUCAGAAUCAGAAUCGUGGUAGGACAACUUAUGAUCCUAUUCCCAUGACUUAUACAGAACUGUAUCCUGCUUUGGUCCAGAAAGGGUUGAUUACAACAAGAGCCAUGCCUCCUCCUCGAAACCCCCCCUCAAGAGGAUUUCGACCUGAUCUUCAUUGUGAAUUUCAUCAGGGUGGUGCUGGCCAUGAUUUAGAAGGCUGCUAUGCUUUGAAGGCCUUAGUGCAAGAGUUGGUUAGAGCAAAGAUGCUAUCUUUCAGGGAUAUGGGUCCCAAUGUUGUCACUAAUCCUUUGCCAGAACAGAGUGGCUGAAGACAGAUCAAAGCCAGAUAUUCCUAAAGCCAAGUGUUUCAGACGAGAUAGCUCAUCUUUGUUGCUGAUUAGUCACUAGGCCUUGUUUCUGUACUGUUUGUUUUUCCUUUAUUGUACUGUUUACUUUUAGACUUUGUUUGUUUCUGAAUGGUGAUUUUAAUGAAAUGAGCAUUGCAUAUUUCGAAUUCAUUUUCAUCUACACUGUUUAUGUUCAUGCUUUCUUUUACAAAACUUUUUCUUCCAUUUGCUUUCUCUAUCAAACUUGUGUUUUAUGCAAAGAUUGGAGGGAGAAUGAUGACAACGAGAUACCCAAGUUGUUGAACUGUAUGCUUUCAAAUAAAACUCUGCUGAUGAUGUACAGGCAUUGUUUCAAUUCCCAAACACUGGAGAAAUAAGGAAGUUAAUCCCUUGUCAACCCCUCUAAGCCUUCGAAGUUGGAGUUUCUUUCUGUAUGAAAAAACCCGCAUUUUAAACCUGGGGCAGGGUAGUUCUCAGUUAAUUUGGCUGUGCAUUCUAUUUCAAGAGAAUCAUUUAGUACACCUUUCAACAAAGGUUUCAAUUACAAGCGUUCCUCCGCAUACAUCAAAGAAAUGUUGGAGAUGUCAAUCAAAAGCUGACGAUGGUUAUUCUUAAUCAUUAAGCAAGGCAGUCACUAUCUUUCAAAAAAAAAUGUAUCAAAAAAUGUAUACAAAGAAAAGCCUACUAAGUCAAAACCCAAAAACGACUUAGGCAAAAAUUAAGGCAUCCCGCUGACUGUAAGUUCAAAAAUAAACAGUUCAGGCAAAAGUUAGGGAUAUAUAAAAAGAAAAGAUGAAAAAAGAGAAGUCAAUAAAUUCCUGAACAACACAAUGUUGUGACUACCAAAAGGAAGAAGUGAAUGCCAUCUCAAAAGUUCUCUUUGCUUUUGAACUAUCUGUAAUACGGUGAACUGACUUUUAUAAUCGAAAUGUCGCGGUUAAGCAAGAGUCGCCACCGACUUUUAUUUUAUCCAAUUUUAGGAAAGGCUAAAAGAACAGGAAAAGACCUUUUAAAAAGAUUUUGAGUUCGGGGGGUAAGUUAUACAAAGGGAAGGUGUAAGGCACCCUUUGCAUCCAUGGUUAUCCAUGGGCUCUUAAUUGCUUAGCUCACUUUGUUUGUUUGAUUUGUUUGAAAAGAGCAGUGUGUAAAAAGUAAAAACUUUGUCCAAGGACUUUAGCUUGUAAAUAAGCGUAGCCUUGUUUUGAAAGUAUUUGAAAUUGAGUUGGAAAAGUAUUUUUAAUUUGAAUUUGAAAAGAGCGAGCAAUUAGUAGCAACUACCCUAAGUUUGAAAAUUCGUUCUUUUAGCUUUUCGAGGCGAAAGGAUCUAUCCAUGCCAUAAAGGGCAGGAAGUCUUUCAAUUGGAUGUUUAAGGGUCAUCGAGUAAUCGUUCGCCAUAAGACUGUCCCAUGCCAUAAAGAGGGCAGGUAGUCUAAGGGAAGGAUAUAAUAGUCAUUAAUCUUUUUAGGCAUCAUGCGAGGAUACCUUAGCAAUAGGACAAUCAUCCUUAUUUUUCCGAGGCAGCAUCGAGGGACAACAUUGAUGAUAAUGAACUGAGGGCAACAUUUGUUUUGCUUUAGGUAUCCUCGGAAUCGAGGGACUUUUGACUAUUUAGUACACUUAAAGGCAACAACGCAACAAAGGCAACAAAGGCAACCAGAGGGAUUACCCUAAAGGUGUGUGGGUGCAACAAUCACGUGGUUAACUUCGAUUACAUUUAUCUUGUAGUUAGGUGAUCUAUGUUCAAUUCAUGGUUUGCACUCCCUAAAUUACUAACCACGCAGUAAAAAUAAUAUCACAAUUUAAGUGCCUUCAAGGCCAAUCAAUACAACCAGUAAACAGUUACAUAAUAAUGGGGAAGGGGACAAUGAAACCAGCGGAUCCCUUAAUAGAGUUUGACAUAAGUAAUAAAAAGUAAGGUUUAGGGUUACCAACGUCUGGAGCUUUGGCAGUUUGACAAACCUUUGGCUUUGAUUGAUGAAGGUUGAUGGGCAGAGGUUUGCCUUGAGCAUGAAGCAUUGACCCUGACCAUUAAGGAAAAAAGAAAACAGUGAGUGCAUUGAUUGUUCGAACCAAACCUUAUUUUUGGGCAAAAAGGCAAAAAAUAAUGAAUAAUGAAAUAAAAUAAAGGUCAAAUUGAAUAAGAAAAGACUAAAAACUUAGCUUUUGAUCAGUGGAGCGCAUGGGCGGAGGCUCCUGACGAUAAACCUGAAAAGUUGGGCAUAAAGAAAAAGGAUGUAGUGAGUGUAUGGCUAAUUCAUUAAUUAUAGAGGCAAAUCUUAUUUUAAUUUGAAAGGCAGAAAUAAAAAUAAAUGACUUUAAAUAAAUGAAAAUAAAGUAGUGUUAAAUAAAAAUAAAACAAGUUGGGAACUUAGCUUCUUUUUUUUUGACUUGGAGGCGCGUAGUCGGAAGAAUUAGGGAUAAUCCUGAAAAUUUGCGCACAGAAGAGAAUUUGGUUAGUGUAUGACUGUUCUACAAACCCUGAAAAGGUUUGCAAACCCUGAACCUAAAAAGGUUUGUUUAAGAAAACUUUUUGUGACCUACAAGGUUUGUUAGUGGAAAACACCUACCAGAAGAUUCUAGGGUUUAUAAAUGAAUCGGGGUUAACAAACCCAAAAAUUAAUUAUUAAAUUUUUUUUAUUAACUAAUUAAUUAAAACUAUAUACAAAAUAAUCUUAUUUUUUUGUAUUUUUUUUUUGUUAAUACUAUAUAAAUAAAUAAAAAAUCGAAUCUUCGAUUAAAUUAAAUAAAUAAUUAUAUGAAAUUAUUAUAAUACUAAUAUUUAAAUUAAAUAAAACAAAAGGGAAUAAAUAAGGUUAAAAACAAAAAUAACAUAAAAGAAAAUCUUAAAAAUAAAAAAAGAAAAAGAGAAAUAACACUCAGCUGGGCGUUCACGAUCCGGUGUGGCUGAUUUAUGAUGGUUCACCGUGGAGCUGCAGGAUGAGGAGCGUUAGAUCUGCUCGCUGGUCAGAUCGUAUGGUUGAUGAUUGACGGUGUACCCUGCGCACAAGCAUCCUUGCCAUACUGGAUCUGCAAUCAAAGAAAAUUAACAAAAUUAUAUGCAAGAGGCAGGGUUCGAACCCGUGCUCUUGCAUAAAAGAACCUUAAGGAAGCGUCUCUUCUCCGCUGGGCCACGCGCAUAUACUGUUAGCACAAUGCCUUUUACUAAUCUAUGUUAAAUUCAAUUUCGGAUUAAAUUUAAAAAAAACAUGAAACGCGCCCUGUAGCUAGCUUCUUCUUCCUUGCUGGUUUUUAGAACAGAAACCUUCAGCCACGGUUUCAACGCGUAGCCGUAGGUCUUUCCACUCAAACCUGCAAAUUGUAAUAAAACAACACCGAAUAAUAACAUGGAUCAAUUGUAAUCAACCUUCUGAACCCAAUGGAAACUUUAGUUUUGUCAAUUUUCUCCCUAACUUAAUAUCCCCAAAUUAAGACUUAAAAACCCUAACCAUGGCACCUUAGGGUUCCUGCAUCAAAACUCCAAUUAAACAUUUCAAACACUUUGCAAACAUGAUGAUAAACAUAAAUAUGCAAUCAAAUUACGUAUACGAUGAACGAAUUUGCAAAAUCGAAUUUUGAAAAAAAACAUGAGCAAACCGUAAAACGGUGAUGUUGAUUCAAGAUGCGGCAGCGUCUGGGAAUGGUUGGGAGACCUUCAGAAACGCCCAGGAAACUCGUUUGAUGCUUUGGAAUUGCUUGAAUGAACCUCUAAAAAUUUCUGCCAUGGCCCUCCUAGUCACGAUUUUUUUUUUUAAGCUCAUAUAUGUUUAUGGAGGCUGCCCAUCCUUCCCCUUGUUUCUGAACUGAUCCAAGUCUUUUAUAAGAGGAGAAGUAGGUCAACAAAAACAAAUUCAAUCUUCAUCUCUUUAAGAGAUUGAGAUUUGAUUGAGGAGAAAAAUAGAAAUAAUCAUCAAUUUAGCCAAAUCAUAUCUUCAAUCACGGUUUAUCCUAUAAUUCAAUCAUUUUAUAUUUUUUUUAAUAAUUUAUUUAAUAUUUAAAUAAAUAUUAAUAAAAUUGUAAAAAGAAAAAUGAUAGGAUUAAAGAUUUCUUUUAAGGCCAUGGGCUUGGACCAAAUUAAGUUUUAUGGACUUUAUUUCUAUUUGCACCUACAACCCAAAAAGAAAUAGAACAAUAUGUAAAUAUAAUAAAAUGACUCAAUAAUUUCGAUUAAAAUUCAACUUAAAUCUAAAUUGAAUUAAAACUAUAAUUGUAAGCCUAAAAAGGGGUUAGUGAACCGAAAGUAUUGUUAAAUCGAAAAAACGACCAAAAUACGCAAAGAUGAACAUGUUCUUCAUAUUUUCAAAAAAAAUGCAAGAUUAAGUUAAUUUGCAGAUGAUAUGCAGAGCAUACGCUUAAGAAAGAAUCUGGAGGGCAAAUUUUGGGGUAUGACAGCUGCCCCUGUUCAAUUUUCUUAAACCUGAAGAUGUAGAUUGGCCUGUGUGCCUGUCGGAAUCUGAGGGUAGAAGAGGAUUGAACACUAGAAUACCCAGGAAUUUGCCCUAGCUGAAGCAGGGACCUUUGCCGGAGACGGGCUUAAAGAUGCCAUCAGAUAUGGAUAAAUACGAAAGUCAGGAUAAGUCGUACGUUUAGGCUAUAUUCGAGCUUGAAGUUUUGAGAGGCGUUUGUCGGAGAUGGGCUUGAAGAUGCCAUCAGAUGUUUGAAAAGUUUUUCGUCUGAAGCAGAUGCUUUUCAGACUGGAUCAUAUGCCUUGAUUGUAUCUGAAGGAGAGAUGAAUUAAUGUCUUAUGGAAGACUACCUGGAGAGGUUCCUAAAGAAGACUAUGAUUACUGAUUUACAGGAAAUUAGGCUUUAAACAAAGCUCGGGAAGAAAUGUCUUGUAGAAAAUUAAUUGAGAAACUCCUCGAAAGGGCAGUAGAUGUCUUAGAAAAUGUUGGAUAAAUGUUUUAAGGAAGAUUACCUAAAAAGGCUGAGAUACGUCUUAAACAAGACUCUCCUAGAAAGGCUCCUGGAAAGGAUAUGAUACGUCUUAAACAAGACUACCUAGAAAGGCUCCUACAAAGGAUAUUGAUCAUCUUAGAAAAGAAUACCUAGAAAGGUUCCUAGAAAGGAUAAGAAACAUCUUAGAAAAGACUACCUAGAAAGGUUCCUAGAAAGGAUAAGAAACGUCUUAUAAAAGACUACCUAGAAAGGUUCCUAGAAAGGAUAAGAAACGUCUUAGAAAAGACUACCUAGAAAGGAUAAGAAACGUCUUAGAAAAGACUACCUAGAAAGGUUCCUAGAAAGGAUGUGAUACGUCUUAGAAAAGACUACCUAGAAAGGUUCCUAGAAAGGAUAAGAAACGUCUUAGAAAAGACUACCUAGAAAGGUUCCUAGAAAGGAUAAGAAAGGUCUUAGAAAAGACUACCUAGAAAGGCUCCUAGAAAGGGUAGGAAAGUUCUUUGAUUGUUUCUGAAUUAUCUUUGAAGAAAGACCCAAAAUGAAGCAACAAAAUUGUAUUUGUGUCUUGAAUGAGUAUUAAGAUUGAAUCGUUGAUACGAUCGUCUUUGCAUUGUACUUGAAUGAUCAUGUUCUUUUGAUUGUGAAAUGACCUGAAAAGGCAAAAUUAGUUUUAUGCAAUGUCAUGAUGCAUGUAUUGUGUAAUGAGGUUCUCGAAAUAAACGAGAAUGUUGUAUGUUAUGUAUGUAAUGUGAAUGAGGUUCUCAAAAUAAACGAGAAUGAUGUAUGUUAUGUAUGUAUUGUGAAUGAUGCAUGGAUGGACUAUAUAGUCGAAGCAUAUUGGUAACUUUGUAUAGCAAUUGCUGAUUGAGAAAAUAAAUCUCUGUAUGCUGUCGGAGAUAAUGACAAGGGGAUUGAGAAUUCCUAUCUUCCGUUUAAGGAUAUCCAGCUGGGGAUUUUUUAUUACCGCUUGGGGAUGAAAGUAACUUGAAUGAUCUGAUCCUGAUGUAUCCUAGGGACAAUAAGAAUAAUCUUCUGAUGUACUAUCUGAUUGAGCUCAACUGUGAGUGUCCACUUUAACAGGGACAGUGAGUUUGAAUAAACCCUGUUGGAGAAGAAGAUUAUGUCGGAGAACCGGCAGUGUUGGAGAUGUAAACUCCGUUGGGGAGCCAUGUCUUUGUCGGGACGAGUAUGUUUGAAGAUAUUUUCUUAAUGAUUACUCUGUGGGGAUAUGAUCUUAUGAUCGUGACUCUGUGGGGAGAUGUGGGUGUCUUGAUAGUUGCCCCCAGUAUCAUAGUAACUUACUACUUGAUUCAGGCACGCCACUGAGUAUUGAUCAAGACGUUGAACUGGACUUGCAUAGAUUUGCCCCAGUUAGCAGGGACUUUGGAAAGAUUCUCCUCGCGAGGACUUUAUGAGAUGUUUACUAUGGGCGAUAUGCCCCCAGUAAUCAUAGGCUCAUGACAAUGUCUCACGUUGAUUGGGGAGUAGCUUUAGAUAUACUUGGAUGCAUGCCCCUGAUUGUUCGAGCAUCCAUGAGAGAUUCUUAGAAUCUUGACUUGAUUGCCCCAGAUUGAUUGGACAAAACAUGCCAUGCCCCUUGUAUACGUAAGAGACAUGGCUUCUUGGAGUAAUUUUGUUUGUCGGGACCAUUUUCAAUCAUUAGCCAUACCCUGUGCAAAUUUAUUCUGAUGCUAACAUUUGAAAUUAUGUAGCAGAAUAUGUUUAAUAAUGAAUUCAUGAGAUGCAAUGCAUACGUCUGUCUUGAGUUUUUGAAAAACACUAAAACAGGAGAUAUAAAAGCGCGAUAUUUGUAAAAACAUGAUAUUUGUAACAACGUGAUGUUUGUAAAAAUGAAAUAUCGACUCAGCAUUUUUGGUAAACCUUAAGGAGUCAGGAUACCUUUUUGGUGACAGUAUGCUUUCGAACUAACCAUGCUUCAAUUAGGACUUUCAAGGGUUGUAACGUGGCUUGGUUCACGGUUUAAGAAACAAAGGAUAAUGGCUCAAAAUUUAUUUAUACCCAUCCCCUUCUUCGUGAUGUUCUUCAAUCCUAAGCUCAGUUGAUUCACCUUAUGCAUUCAGGUUCCAAGAGACUUUUGGAUUUGCACCUUUGAUAAUGAUGAUGGUUCACAAGCAGAGAGAACUUUUGAGAUGACAGUCACUUCUUCCUUUUGGUAAUCACAACUUUGAGUUGUUCAAGAAUUUAUUGACUUCUUUUUUCAUCUUUUUGAUAUCCCUAACUUUUGCCUGAACUGUCUCUUUUGAGCUUACAGUCAGCGGGACGCCUUGAUUUUUGCCUAAGUCUUCUUUUUGAUUUUUGACUUAGUAGGCUUUUCUUUGUAUAUAUGUCUCUUCCAUUUUUUUCCUUUUUGAAAGAUAUUGACUGCCUUGUUUGAUGAUUGAUGAACCGUCAUUGUCUUUUGAUUGACAUCUCCAACACUUCUUUGAUGUGUGCGGAUGAACGCUUAUGAUUGAAACCUUUGUUGAAACGUGUACUGAAUGAUUCUCUUAAAAUAGAAUGCACAACCAAAUUAACUGAGAACUACCCUGCCCCAGGUUAAGAUCAAGGGUUUUAAUUAGUACAAGAAAGAAACUUCUACUCCUUAGGCUCAAAGGGGUUGACGAGGGAUUAACAUCCUUAUAUCUCCACUGUUUAGGGUUUGAAACAAUGCCUGUACAUCGUCAGCAUAGUCUGUUCAAAAAGCAUACUGUAUGAGGUUGCGGUAUCGUUUUCGUCAUCCUCCCUUAAAAGGCCUACAGCUUUAGCAGGAGUCGAGUAUCACAAAACAUAUGCAAAGUAAAGACAUAAUUUAAAAUGAGUGAUAGCGAAAUAAUUUAUUCAAGACAAAUAUAUGCAAUGCACUGAUGAUGAUUAUUAAAACAGAUAAUGUCUAUCAUGAGUCGAAUGUUUAAACAAACAGGAAAGAACUUGCAAAUGAAAGUAGAUCUAAUGGUCCAAAAGUUCGUCCGUCGAGACGUCAAUCAAUCUUGUCAUGACUAGGCAUAAGAGCGGUGAUCACCACAGGGGUUUCAGGAGGGUUGGACUUGAUUUCUCCGUCAUUGAUCAGAUCUUUAAUCUUAUUCUUUAAUGUCCAACAAUUGUUUGUGUAAUGUCCAAGACUGUUGGAAUGGUACGCGCACCUCGCAUUGGGUUUAUAGUAGGUGUUAGAAUUCGUUGGCUCGAUUGCCCUGAGCGUCUGGAUCAUAUGAGUGAAUUGAUUGUUGUGACUCAGUUUUCGUGAUUCCAUUAUCGUGACUCAGUUGUUGUGACUUUGUUGUCGUGAUUCCAUUAUCGUGACUCAGUUAUCAUGAUUCCAUUAUCGUGACUCAGUUGUCGUGACUUUGUUGUCGUGAUUCCAUUAUCGUGACUCAGUUGUCAUGAUUUUAUUGCCGUGGUCUUUUCUGAUUUGAGUGUCAUGAUUAAAUCUUUAAUGACACGCUUCAACGGUCUACCAUCCUUUACACCAUAACCAGGAUUGUUCGAAUAAUAAGCGCAUCUCGCAUUGUAAUUGUACCCCAAGAAUAGGAGUGCCUUCAAUUCUUCUUGCCCCUUGGCUGAGUUCAGAAUCAAAGUUUGGGAUCGGAUGUUCUGAGCCUGAAGGUGUUUGGUUGAUUGCUCGAAAUCCAUUUGCACUGAAGUAAACAACAAGAGAGGAUGAGAUACCUGUUGUGAGAAACCUUUUAUGCGAUGUUAUAAAUGCAAAUGCAAUGCUUUCAAGGUUCUUUAGGAAAUUUAGUUCACGACAUAUAGAAAUUAAAUCAGUCACAGCUUCGUCUAAAGAACCUUGGCUUCCAUCUUUAAGCGUCCUUCUUUAAGAAUCAAGCUCACCAUAUCGAGUGGGUCAUCGCCUCUGAUUCGGGAUAUCUCUGAAAUUGAAAGUAUAUGGCUAGAGGAAAAUAAAUCCUCUUGCCCCUUGAUAGGUACAACGUCUCUAAAUUGGAAGGUAUGUGGCGAGAGGACAAUAAAUCCUCUUGCUCCUUGAUAAGAGCACCUGAAAUUGUGCGCCCUAAAUUCCUAAGAUCCUUGAAAGGGUUAGUUAAAUCAUGUUAUGCUUAUGAUGUCAUGAAUGUUAUGCGAAUGCAGUUCAUUAGGCACAACGUGAGAUAGUAAGGGCAAAAAGGUCCUUUAACAAAACCUGCAAGGAAACAAAGGUUAGUAUGUUAUGCGAAUGUAGCUCAUAGCGUGGAAUAGUGAGGGCAAACAAGUCCUUCAACAAAACCUGCAAGGAAACAAAGGUUAGUAGCAAACACAAACAAGUCACACAAGUGUCCUUAGGUUUAGAGGAUCGCAUGAAGUUCGCAGGUAAGUACCCUCCCCACUGAAGUUUAGUUGGUUCAACCUGUCCUAUAUAAAGAUCGGGUUCUAGGGAGCUCAUAUCAUUGACCUUUCUCGAAGGCGCUUAUCUCAGCUCGGCAAUCGAAUCACCAACCAAGAAGGUCCUGAAAGUCCAGUCCAUAUGAGUGUAGCUUCGAGUAUCAACCAACUUCAGUCGGAACCAAAGCCAGCCAUCUCGCUACUUUCUAAAAGGCCAAAGUUUAGUUCAACUAAGGUUCUAGGGGCGAAUUAGUGCUUAAUGACACCACGCGGUAGCCAAGCAUUUCCUCGAGUCGGAUCCCAAGGAACACCAGGACAAACCAAUGUGUCACACUAACGAUGGCCAUCAGAUCAACCACAUCAGUAUACGCUGUGCAGUCUCCUUGAUCUCAUGCCAUUUUCCUAAGGUACUCAGAUCCGGGUUAGGAUCUUUCACACAGAACAAUCCCAAACAACCUUUAAGAAUAAAGCAUACAAACAAACAAUUAAAAACAUUUAUAAUGAACUAAGCCCUAAGGUAAACCCCUCUUAAAGAUAUCCCCAGCAGAGUCGCCAGUUCUGUAAUACGGUGAACUGACUUUUAUAAUCGAAAUGUCGCGGUUAAGCAAGAGUCGCCACCGACUUUUAUUUUAUCCAAUUUUAGGAAAGGCUAAAAGAACAGGAAAAGACCUUUUAAAAAGAUUUUGAGUUCGGGGGGUAAGUUAUACAAAGGGAAGGUGUAAGGCACCCUUUGCAUCCAUGGUUAUCCAUGGGCUCUUAAUUGCUUAGCUCACUUUGUUUGUUUGAUUUGUUUGAAAAGAGCAGUGUGUAAAAAGUAAAAACUUUGUCCAAGGACUUUAGCUUGUAAAUAAGCGUAGCCUUGUUUUGAAAGUAUUUGAAAUUGAGUUGGAAAAGUAUUUUUAAUUUGAAUUUGAAAAGAGCGAGCAAUUAGUAGCAACUACCCUAAGUUUGAAAAUUCGUUCUUUUAGCUUUUCGAGGCGAAAGGAUCUAUCCAUGCCAUAAAGGGCAGGAAGUCUUUCAAUUGGAUGUUUAAGGGUCAUCGAGUAAUCGUUCGCCAUAAGACUGUCCCAUGCCAUAAAGAGGGCAGGUAGUCUAAGGGAAGGAUAUAAUAGUCAUUAAUCUUUUUAGGCAUCAUGCGAGGAUACCUUAGCAAUAGGACAAUCAUCCUUAUUUUUCCGAGGCAGCAUCGAGGGACAACAUUGAUGAUAAUGAACUGAGGGCAACAUUUGUUUUGCUUUAGGUAUCCUCGGAAUCGAGGGACUUUUGACUAUUUAGUACACUUAAAGGCAACAACGCAACAAAGGCAACAAAGGCAACCAGAGGGAUUACCCUAAAGGUGUGUGGGUGCAACAAUCACGUGGUUAACUUCGAUUACAUUUAUCUUGUAGUUAGGUGAUCUAUGUUCAAUUCAUGGUUUGCACUCCCUAAAUUACUAACCACGCAGUAAAAAUAAUAUCACAAUUUAAGUGCCUUCAAGGCCAAUCAAUACAACCAGUAAACAGUUACAUAAUAAUGGGGAAGGGGACAAUGAAACCAGCGGAUCCCUUAAUAGAGUUUGACAUAAGUAAUAAAAAGUAAGGUUUAGGGUUACCAACGUCUGGAGCUUUGGCAGUUUGACAAACCUUUGGCUUUGAUUGAUGAAGGUUGAUGGGCAGAGGUUUGCCUUGAGCAUGAAGCAUUGACCCUGACCAUUAAGGAAAAAAGAAAACAGUGAGUGCAUUGAUUGUUCGAACCAAACCUUAUUUUUGGGCAAAAAGGCAAAAAAUAAUGAA